AUGGUCUUGUCACCAAGUUCACAGCAAGCGGCUACUCACAAUAAUCAAAUUCGCAAGGAACAACUGUCUGUAUUACAAACUUUUGGGUUCUUUUCAGACAGUCACUCCGGAACUCAUCAGCUUAGGAUUAUAAACGGUAUCCCCUCCAAGAGUCCAAAGGCAAAGUGGGGCUGUGUCGGUUCGGAACCGGCGCCCGCCUCACAAACUCAAAGAGUGACUCUUGUGAUGGGCGGACGGACCAAGGGAGUCGACUCGGUCAAGGCUAAUUUAGACAUCCAGCACGACGAUCAACAUCAGCUGGGAUUAUUCGGAUUAUUUCAUAAUGUGGAGAGACGCGCGGGUUUCACUUCUCGAAGGGUUGACCACGAAAAGGAGGAACCCUUCAGGUGCCUACUAUUGAUCAGGGACGAGGGCGGAAUACAAGGUAUACCUGGCAGAGAAUUGAUCGAGCUGGUUGAGAUUUCAGAAUCGAGAAAGGUCCUAGACGCCAGCUCGGCUUUACCUUUUAUCCACAAGGAGGAGGCGCCUCUCCAUAACUCGCGAGUUGGUCAACAACCAUAA